AAUUUAGGGAUUUUGAAGAUAAGAAACAGAUAAAAAUGCUCCAACUUUGCUCCAAUUUCCGCCCUCAAGUUCUUCUUCCUCUUCCUCGCCAAAUCGGAUUUCCAGAUGGAAUCUCGACUCCCCAAGUAAAAUUUGGUGCAAUCGAGAAGAGUGUGAAGGUUAGUCCGGUGAUUCGAUGCCAGAGAGUGAAUGCAACUAGAGGCGGAAACGAUAGGAACAGGUCUGUGAGGCCUGCCAACAAACAAGGGAGCAAGAAAUCGGUAAUUGAGGGUCAAAUCACCGAAUCACUGCCCAAUGGGAUGUUCCGCGUUGAUUUGGAUAAUGGGGACAACAUCCUCGGUUAUAUUUCCGGAAAGAUCCGGAAGAACAAUAUACGUAUCCUUCCCGGCGACAAAGUUAAAGUUGAAAUGAGUGUCUACGAUUCGUCCAAAGGUCGUAUAAUUUUCAGGAUGAGCAGUAAGGUCUAGAACACGGGUCUGCCGGGAUUUUAGGAAUCUCCAAGACCCCUUUUAUUCUCUUCUCUAGUCUAUGCAGAUUGAAGCCAGGAAAUAGAGCAGAUUGAUGGGAGAAUCGUGUGCUGUGCAGUUCUUGACAAUGGCAAUGGUACAGAAGCUUAGGAUGUACCUUGGUUUUUCUUGCAAAGCUUGUCUUCUUUGAUUACAUCAGCGGAAGGAGACUGAGAGAUAUGAACCUUGUGAAAGAAGAAAGAUUCUAGGUCUGAGUUUCAGAACAUGUCUCAGCUUUCACUGGUAAUGUGAAAUCUUGUUUUUUCCGAGUUAUAUUCUCUCUUUUGAUCUUAUGUUCUCCGAUAAUUAGAAACCCGGUUAAAUCCCGUUCCACCGAUGAUGUUCCUUAGCUCUAUUCCAAGAUUUGGUGACAGAAUGGGAUUUCGUUUGUUAUGUAAAAAGAUUGGAACUUUGGCUCAAUUUACAACUUCUAACAUUGAAUUUUACUCUUAA